UCGAUGACUAAGUACUUAACUACUUACAUUGAGCAGGCUACUGUGCGUUACCCACAGCUCGCAAGGAUAAGUUUGUUGAAAGUUUGUCUAAGAAAAAAAUCUGGAUAUAUAUUUAUUCUGUUUUUGAUUCAUGUCGCGUUGGGAUUUGGGACCUCAUUUUAAAAUGAACUUUCAAUUGAACACGGUUAUCGUUGUGUGCCUGACCCUCUCCGUGACGGCGAAGCCGGUGGACCAGGAUUUGAAUCGGCCAUGGAACGGAGAAUGGAACAAGACCGCCCCGCAGAUUCAGUGUGUGGAAAACCAGCAGUAUGCUCACGACGGCCACUGCUGCAGGAACUGCCCAGCUGGUACCUAUGUGAAAAGGCCUUGUGUUCAGAACUUUGAAGUAGGAAUCUGUGCGCCCUGUGGCCCUGGAACAUACACAGAACAUGCCACAGGGAUGGACCGCUGCCUGACCUGCACCCCCUGCCACCUGGAUCAAGUGGAGACAGUGCCCUGCACCAAGACUCAGAACAGGCAGUGUCAGUGUAAACCGGGCUCCUUCUGUGAAACGGACGGACCAUGUGAGGUGUGCAAAAAGUGUGCCAGAUGUAAAGUGGGUCAGGAGAAGGUUCGGAACUGCACCCCCACCUCCAACACCCAGUGUAGGCCUUCAGCCCCCCCAAGCCCCACUCCCUCCACCCCCACUGCAAGCCCCCCUGCUGAGGCCACUGCUCCACAUCCAGCAGCAUACAUCGUACCUAUACUGGCUAUUAUACUGGGUAUCGGAGCUGUCGGAUGCUAUUGCUUUUGGAAGAAACGGCAGUCUGGUGAAAGCACAGAAACCUCAAGUGGUUCUAAUGGAGACGUGAAGAAUGAUAUGGUCCGCGGGGGCGUGGGCACGCCCGAGGAGGGUCAGGGCCGCCCCAGCGCGGGGACGGAGGAGCCCCGGCAGGAGUCGCAGCCCCUCCUGCAGGAGACGCAAGCGGCGCGCGUGAAGUCCGUGCCAGUGGAGGACGAGGACCGCGGGCUGGGCGACAGCCUGCCCAACACCACCAACUCCUCCCAGACCAGCCUGUCUGCCCCGGCCACCAUGCCCUCCUGCGGCAGCACGCCUCGCCACAGUCCCGCCCCGCACAGACAGCCGGCCAGCAGGGGGGAGAGACUCAUCCCUUUGAAUGGUGACGAAUCACUAAAGAAGAGUUUUUACAUUUUUGAAGAUUGCCUGGAUGUAAAAAUUCACAAAAGGUUCUUCCGGGCGAUUGAUUUGAGUGAUAACGCGAUUGAGAGCGCUCAAGCUGAAGAUAAAGUAUAUGAGUUGCUCAAGGUCUGGAUGCAGAGACUGGGCUCCGAAGCCAAUAUCAACGACCUCCUCGACAAACUGUGUGCUUUGGAUCAGAAGCUUUCGGCUGAACGUAUACGUUCCCGCGUAGUUAAGAAGGGGUAUUACAGAUAUGACGACGGGAGCAAUUAAUUGUCCAUAAAGAGAAUAAGCAGAAAGAAGUAAACGGUGGAAAGGGAGGUGUAGAUGAAAAUUUGUGUGCAGGAACUGACGUCCUGUGACAUGGAAAACAACCCUUAGGUCAAAAUCCCCCGAUCGGUGAAUGACCUUUGGUAGAGGAGAGCACACUUCUGUGUCUCUCCUAUAACUCAUGGAUCCUGAAGCUACACAAUUGUAUAUUGUGCAGGCUUCAGUGACAUGAAGAUUUAUGGGGAAACUACCUCAGGUAGAGGAAAUAUUUCUCCUACUCUUUCUAGCCUGUGUACUGCACUGCACGGUGCCAGUGCACAAGGCAUGGGUAUACACUGGCUCACAGCACUGCUGUUGCCCUGGAUAUACUUGACACAUUGGGAUUUUAAACCCAUGUGCCAUUAUGAAAUGGCAGAAACUGUGGAUGUUUUGUGCAUACUCUAGCUGUAGUUACUUCAGUAGUUUCUUCAGCAGUGUGUGCACUGUAUUCCUAAUGUCCCGUGUCACAAUGCACUUGUGGGAAAUUGGAAAUAACGUGAGUUUUCAGACAGGAAUACAUUCUUUGGUGCAAUGGCCAUGAUUCUAUGAGAUUGUAGGCUUUCAGUCAUGCACGUAAUGUAUUUAUCUGUCAUAACGAUCUGUUUAUUCAAUCCCUCUUAACUUUCAAUAUACAAGUUACAAUAUACAAUAUACAAACUUGCAAUUUUUGUUAUUUAUUAUGAAAUAUUUAUUUGUAAUAAAUGACUUUCAAUGAAGGUUAAAUCCAUUGUUAGCACCAUACUGAAAGUGUUGAAGUAUUAGUGUACAGAUUCCUUCUGUCCGUUAUGUGUACUUUUUAUCAAAAAAAGUACAUUGGGCAUACUCUGUUGGAUAUACAGAUCGCUUAGCAGUUGCAUGAAUUGUCAGGACUCUGUCAAGUUCUACAGACUAGCCAACUGUUAGAUAUUGUCUGUGGUUGACAUGUGAAUAACGCAGUUGAUUUGACUGAAUUCACACCCUUUGCAGAUUGACAUGCUAAUGACAAUCAAAGAAGUACGUAUGGAUCUCUCCAUAUUUCCUUAUUUGAGGAAGACUGGAUUUAUCCCGCCACAAAGGAAAGAGACAAAUAUAUUUUAUAUAUAAUAUAUUCUUUGCUUUUUUUUAGAGUUCACUCUUAACAUGGAGUAGGACUGGAGACACAAAUCUGACCUGUCGCAGUGUUCUAUUUUAAUUAUGUUCACUGCAGUGGAAUUUUAUUUCCAUAUCCUGCUUCACAAGUGAAUAUAUGACACAAGGCAUUCAGUUGGUGAAUUCAGAUUUUUCCAGAAUAACAGUUUGUUCAACUGGAUCACAUAGAGUAGCGCAGUGCAGGGAAAUGUUGAAGCAGUAUAGAGGCUGUCUGGAACAUGCAGGUACUGCCACCUAUUGUACAGAAUUUUAUAUCUUAACAAAAACACGGCCCCUAAGGCAGGGACCAGCAACUCACGAUCCACCCGGAGCGAGUACUGUUGGAUAUGCACCUUCCCAUUUCCUGGGAGUCUGGCCAUCAGUAGCACUAAUUACCUGGGAGAAAAGAAAACCAGGACUGGAUUUGGAUUCAAGGGGCAGAGUCUGAUCCCUGCCAUAGGGCUUUGAAGGUUCCAUGUUCUAUAGGUUUUGUCAGCGGUUCUUUUUUAUUAUUAUUAUUGUGACAAAUUAUUUGUUCAGAAAAUUCUAUUUAUUGUUAAGGAUACCUUUUAGUUUACAUGUUUAAAUACUUAGUUUUUCUUGCAUUGUUCUGGUUUUACGUGUAAUAGCUUAUUAUUAUUGUCAAAUUCAAAUAGAGAUCACAUAUAGCCAGCUAACAGUCAGUCUUACAGGUUUUGAAAGAAAAUGCUUAGAUUUUUCUAACCAAUUUCAAUUGUUUUUUAAUAAAAUCUUAAUGCAUCUGUUAGUAUUCUAACCCUUUGACGGUUGUUUACCAUUGUGUACACAAACCUGUAUUUUUCAAGACAGAGUUGGUACUGCCUAUUUGAAAUAAAAAAGUGUAUAUAAAUGUA